UGAUAUUGCUGCUAAAAAGAGCCUGACAAAAGCCAGAAUAACAGAUUCAGUAGGACCAACAGAAACAUCAAUCGCACCCAGGCAAAGACCCAAAGCUGCAAAUAGUAAUGUUUUGCCUUUGCCCAGCUCUGUAACUCCUGUGAAAAUGACUGUCUCCUCAGGUACGGUUAGCAACGGCCAGAAAGCUUCUGGAAACGGACAGCAGUCGGCUGCGCAGAUGCCGAACAGCAGUCAGCAGAACAGAGUGUUACAGCAGCUGCAGCCUGGAGACCUUCGACUGCAACAGCUACAUCAUCAUCAACAACAACAACAACAGCAGCAACAGCAGCAGCACAAUAUACACCAUCAACAGCAAGUCACUGCACAGCAGCUACAGUACAUGCAACAGGUAAUUAGUGGCUCAGGGGGUUGACACCAAUGUGAAACAGCUUUUGGGCCUUAAGUU